AUGUCUCUGGCUAAGCCUGCAAUGCGAGGACUCCUUGGGAAGCGUCUGAGGUUCCACUUGCCCAUUGCCUUCGCCCUGUCAUUGGUGGCUGCAGCAGCUUUCAAGGUCAGCUGACAAUCUUGUUUUUGUUUUCUAAGGCGGCCCGGGAUAUCAGCAAGGCGGCCACCUUAACAUUAUCUAUGUAGGAAAAGUGUGAAAUGGAAUGGUUAAAGUCCAUCAUGGAAUUUAUGUUAUGUUAUCACAUUGAAUGGAUGUCUUCAGGAACAGACAGGAUGACGUUUUUGUAUUCAUAAGUAAAUACUUCAUUCUGAUGAGGUGAUAUUGUCUUGUCUUCUCAGUACGGUGUGACAGAGCCCAGGAAACAGGCCUAUGCCGAUUUCUACAAACAAUAUGACACCACAAAGGAGUUCAACAACAUGAGGGAAGCUGGCAUUUUUGAAAGUGUCAGGCCAACUGGCGAAUAA